AUGGCUGUGUGUCACAAACCUCUCCGUCUGGAGCGGCUGGAGUCAGACAUGAGCGGCUUCUCAGCCAGUCUGGAUCACUACGACCUACAGGAUAAUACAGAGGAGCUGGACGUGGACCAGUGUGAUGCCAGUCUGCAGGAAUCCAGUGAGCACACUUUUCAAGCAAUAUACUCAUUUCUUCCAUUUAAGUCUUUGGAUUGCAAGGUGUUCUUUGAAGACUUGCCAAUCCUGGUGAAAGUGACAGAGGUGGAGCGCUUGACAUGCACAAGGGUGUUGAACCCUAAUCUGUACACCAUCGAGCUAAGCUACGGGGAGUUCACAUGGAAAAUCAAGAGACGUUUCAAGCAUUUUCAAAUGCUUCAUCAGGAGCUGCUUAAGUUCAAAGCCUUAUUAAAGUUUCCACUGCCAAGUCGAAUUCACUCAGUCAAAAGAAGUUCAUUUGAAGGUCAUGAGGGGUCUCGGUUGGGACACAUACCCACACUGCCACGCAGACCUGAUGCUCUGGUCAAAGAGGAACAGCUGAUCAGCAGAAAAAUGCGGCUUGAAGACUAUCUCAAGAAUAUUUUGAAAAAAACAUUAUACAGGAAUCAUCCUGCAACACUUGAAUUCUUAGAAGUGAGUCAAAUAUCAUUUAUCAAGGAGCUCGGACCAAAGGGAAUUGAAGGUAUGAUCCUGAAGAAAUCUGGAGGAAACACAUUCCCAGUCUGUUACUGGUGUGGGUCCAACAGUGUGUGUUAUCGCUGGUCCAAAAGAUGGCUGGUGGUGAAAGAUUCCUUUGUUCUCUACAUGAAGCCAAAAGAUGGCCAAAUAGGGACAGUGAUUCUCUACGAUAAGGGUUUCCAUAUCAAAAUUGGGACCGAAGAGACUGGAGUCAGGCAUGGUGUGACAAUUGAAAAUCUCUGUAGGGCUCUUACCAUUAAGUGUUCCACCUAUAGGCAGGCUCGCUGGUGGGGGCACUCCAUUGAUGAAUUUGUCCAAAGGUUUGGUCAGGACUUUUUGAGAGAAAAUCGCCAUGGCUCAUUUGCCCCUGUCAGAGAAAACACGAAAGCACAAUGGUUUCUCAAUGCAGCUGGGUACUUUGAUGCCAUUGCAGAUGCCCUAGAAGGUGCAGAGGAGGAAAUCUUCAUCACAGCCUGGUGGCUGAGUCCAGAGAUCUUCCUCAAAAGACCUGUGGUAGAUGGGAACACAUGGAGAUUAGAUCACGUCUUAAAGCGAAAAGCAGAGCAAGGGGUAAAGAUCUGUGUAUUGCUCUAUAAAGAAGUUGAAGUGAUCCUGGGCCUGAACAGUGAAUACACCAAGAAGACUCUGAUGGGCCUUCAUUCCAACAUCAUGGUGAUCCGGCACCCUGACCACGUACCCUCCACAUCAUUACUCUGGGCCCACCAUGAGAAAUCAGUGGUGAUUGACCAGUCACUAGCCUUUCUGGGAGGCAUCGAUCUUGCCUAUGGGAGAUGGGAUGACUCCCAACACAGACUGACCGAUGUGGGUAGUGUGAGAAGGAGUCCUCAGGCCAGCCCAGCAGUUUCCCCUGACCUCACCAGGGAGUCUGUAGGAGUAUCUGAAGAGGACAAAGAGCUGAAGAUCAGAUCAGUGGUGGAAGAUGAUGUGCUGGGUGGAGAAGCUGCAGGAGAAACCUGUUUGGUGGAGGAGCAUGCAGAAACUAACUCCAACCUCACACCACCUGUCAGUAGACUCCAUAUUACGGCAGCAGAGGAUAAGAGCAGCUCAGAAGGUACAGAGUUCAAGCACUGCAACAGUAGGAACAGUGUGAGCUCUAGAUCGCUGCUUGUCCCAGACUGGUACAGUAAGAGCCUGUCUCUGCGCUCCACUGACUCCUACUCACAGGGCCUGCAUCAUUUCCUUCUCCUGCCUCAUGACACCAGCUCCCUCAGAUGUCACAUAAGCAGUACAGAGCUUUGUGGAGAGACUCGCUUCUGGCACGGCAAAGACUACUGCAACUUCAUCCUCAAAGACUGGGUCAAACUCAACAAGCCGUUUGAUGAUUUCAUUGACAGGUACAAGACACCGAGGAUGCCCUGGCAUGAUGUUGGAGUUGUGGUUUAUGGGAAGGCUGCUAGAGACAUCGCCAGGCAUUUCAUCCAGAGAUGGAACUUCACAAAGCUGGUAAAGAAGCGGUCGGGAGCAAUGUGUUAUCCUUGCCUCGUGCCCAAAUCUCUUUGCGAGCCCAGCAAGCCACCUGAGCUGUGGGGUAAACACACACAGGCCAAUGUACAGGUUUUGAGAUCAGUGUGCCAGUGGUCCAUUGGUACGAAGGUACAUGAGGAAUCCAUUCAUCUGGCCUACAUCUCAGCCAUCCAGAACAGCAAACACUUCAUCUACAUAGAGAAUCAGUUCUUCAUAAGCUGUUCAGACAAGACCAUCCACAACAGCAUCGGAGACGCAUUGACUGAGAGAAUCCUUCAAGCAUACAGAGAGAAGAAAAAGUUCCGGGUGUACGUCGUGAUGCCUUUGCUGCCUGGCUUUGAAGGUGACAUCUCCUCCGGAGGGGGACAAGCCAUCAAGGCAAUCAUGCACUUUAAUUACAGGACCAUGUGCAGAGGAGAGCACUCCAUUAUUGACAGACUCAAACGUGUGAUGGCUGACUGUUGGAUCAACUACAUCUCUUUCUGUGGUUUACGCACUCAUGCUGAUCUGGAUGGCCGUCUGGUUACUGAGCUCAUCUAUGUGCACAGCAAGCUCAUGAUCGUGGAUGACCGCACUGUCAUCAUUGGUUCUGCUAAUAUCAAUGACAGGAGCAUGCUGGGGAAGAGGGACAGUGAGAUGGCUGUAGUGGUGGAGGACACAGAGGUCCAGGACUCACUAAUGGAUGGAGAGACCUACCAGGCUGGCAGAUUUGCCCUGUCCCUACGCAUGGAGUGCUUCAGAGUUGUGCUUGGACUGCUGGGAGACUACAGCGUGGACAUCAGUGAUCCCAUCAGUGACAGGUUCUACAAGGAGAUCUGGAUGGUGACUGCAGCCAAAAACGCCAGUGUCUAUGACAAGGUAUUCCGAUGCUUACCCACGGACACAGUGCUGAAUUAUAAGAUCCUGAGGGAGUACAUGUCCCGCUCCUGCAUGGCCACUGAAGACCCCAUCCAGGCCUGCACUGAACUGAAGAAAGUCCGUGGCUUCCUGGUCCAGUUCCCUUUCUAUUUCUUGUCUGAGGAAAACCUUUUUCCUUCCUUGAACUCUAAAGAGGGCAUCAUGCCCGUGGAGCUGUGGACCUAA